GGUGGGCGGGACGUGUGUUUUCUAGUUUACGGGUUCUAAUCCAAAUCCAAGCAACCUGCCACGACUAUCGAUGUUUACUGAAUUAUACCGGUUAUACUAGACAUAAUUAUACUAGACAAUAGACCUUUAUUUGUUCGCAUCAGUGCUUACCGUUACCGCACCACCGCCUGUCUGAUUUCGGUCGCGACAGGGGUUGUUUUGAAAACUGCAUGUUGCAGUCUGGGCCCCCGACUGUGACUGCGGAGGAGCGUUUCCAGCGUCAUCCGGCUCGUAAUGAUGUUUAUUUUAUGAAGAUGGCGUUGAGAGGGACUCUGUAAACUAAAUGACUGUCAGAAACAUCGCCUCCAUUUGUAAUAUGGGCACCAAUGCCUCCGCUCUGGAGAAAGACAUUGGUCCGGAGCAGUUUCCAAUCAAUGAACACUACUUCGGAUUGGUCAACUUUGGCAACACGUGCUACUGCAACUCCGUGCUGCAGGCGUUGUACUUCUGCCGGCCGUUCCGGGAGAACGUCCUGGCCUACAAGGCCCAGCAGAAGAAGAAGGAGAACCUCCUGACCUGCCUGGCGGACCUGUUCCACAGCAUCGCCACGCAGAAGAAGAAGGUGGGCGUCAUCCCACCCAAGAAGUUCAUCUCCCGUCUGCGCAAGGAGAACGACCUGUUUGAUAACUACAUGCAGCAGGACGCCCAUGAGUUCCUGAACUACCUGCUGAACACCGUCGCUGACACGCUGCAGGACGAGGCCCGCCUGGACACGCCCAACGGCCGUCUGCGCAACGGCACCGUCGCCAUGGAGACCGAGCCCGACAACCAGGCCGAGCCCGACAACCAGGCCGAGCCCACCUGGGUGCACGACAUCUUCCAGGGAACACUGACCAAUGAGACGCGCUGCCUCAACUGCGAGACUGUCAGCAGUAAGGAUGAGGACUUCCUGGACCUUUCUGUGGACGUCGAGCAGAACACCUCGAUAACACACUGUCUCCGGGAUUUCAGUAACACGGAGACCCUGUGCAGUGAGUAUAAAUACUACUGCGAAACCUGCUGCAGCAAGCAAGAAGCACAGAAACGGAUGCGGGUGAAGAGGUUACCCAUGAUUCUGGCUCUGCACCUGAAGCGCUUUAAAUACAUGGAGCAGCUGCACCGCUACACCAAGCUGUCCUAUCGCGUGGUGUUUCCACUGGAGCUCCGCCUCUUCAACACAUCUGGCGACGCCCGCAACCUGGACCGCAUGUACGACCUGGUCGCUGUAGUCAUCCACUGUGGCAGUGGUCCAAACCGUGGCCAUUACAUCACUAUUGUGAAGAGCCAUGGCUUCUGGCUGCUCUUCGAUGAUGAUAUUGUGGAGAAAAUCGAUGCCCAGGCGAUUGAGGAGUUUUACGGUCUGACCUCUGACAUUUCUAAGAACUCAGAGUCUGGGUACAUCCUGUUCUACCAGUCCAGAGAAUAACGGGGUCAUACAGAAAACCUCCACCUCCGAACCUCCCUGAGUCAUGUGCCAAUAACCCUGCCCCUCCCCUUCUCUGUGUGCUAGCCAUUCUGCCCCCCCCCACCUGCUGCUGAAAGGCACUUUAAAAGAAAAUAGAGAAAAAGGGGGAAAUUCCAUGAACAACAUGAACCCCUAACCAUAACCCCAACAACAGCAAAACUACUUUGAACAGCCAACUGCCGCAAAGCCAGCAAGGCAGACUCGUCUGUUCCGAUCGGUGUGUGGAGUCUGUUUCUGAUUCUGUUUUGGUGUGUGGACACCUGCUACACCCUCUACACCCUUUACACCCUCUACACCCUCUACACUACACCCUCUACACCCUUUACACCCUCUACACCCUCUACACUACACCCUCUACACCCUCUACACCCUUUACACCUGCUACACCCUCUACACCCACUACACCAUCUACACCCUCUACACCCACUACACCCUCUACACUACACCCUCUACACCCUUUACACCCUCUACACCCUCUACACCCUCUACACCCACUACACCCUCUACACUACACCCUCUACACCCUCUACACCCUUUACACCCUCUACACCCUCUACACUACACCCUCUACACCCUCUACACCCUCUACACUACACCCUCUACACCCACUACACCCUCUACACUACACCCUCUACACCCUCUACACUACACCCUCUACACCCACUACACCCUCUACACUACACCAUCUACACCCUUUACACCUGCUACACCCUCUACACCCUCUACACUACACCCUCUACACCCUCUACACUACACCCUCUACACCCACUACACCCAUUACACCCUCUACACUACACCAUCUACACCCUUUACACCUGCUACACCCUCUACACCCUCUAGACAAGCGCACUCCCAGCAAACCCUCCUCCACCUGUCUGUGGUACACCUCCAAACACAAGUCAUGUUCCUGUGUGUGUGUGCAUGUGCCUGUAUGUGUGUGCACGCGCGUGUGAGUGCGUGCCUGUAUGUGUGUACGUGUGUGUGAUAAGUGCCAAAUGUGGAACUGUUCACUUUAAAAAAUAAAAAAUAGUACUUUAAAAAAUGUAUAUUAUUUGUGGGAAUAUUUUUAAAAGAGAUGUGUAUAUAGAAAUUGAACUGUUUUAAAAAAUAUUUUUUAAACCCAGAAACUAAAAAACACUAAAGUAGAAAUGUUUGUGUACCUGUUUGUUUGCUUGUUUGAGGUCCUUUGCGUUGUCAUGGGUCCCGAUACCCCCCAAGACUCUGUAGAGUUUGGAGUAAUAAAACUACACUUUGAAAAACGA